AUGAUGGGUGUUUUUGUGAUCCUUACUCUUGCAACAUGGUGCUGUUCAGCUGUUGCCCUGGGCAGUGAGGCGGAUUGUAGUAAGUACCCCCGGGGUACUGCGGAGGAUGGCAAAGUACUGACAGCCUGCCCACUCAUCCUAGCUGAAGUCUGUGGCACAGAUGGUAUCACUUACCCCAGUGAAUGUGGACUGUGUGCGCACAAUUUUGAGCAUGGGACCAACGUUAGCAAAAAGCAUGAUGGAAAAUGUCAACAGAAAAUUGUGCCGCUCGAUUGCAGUCUGUACCCCAGUAUUGAAACUGAGGAUGGCCAAGUCCUGACAGGCUGCCCAAGGAUCCUGGCUGAGGUCUGUGGCACAGAUGGCGUCACUUACCCCAAUGAUUGUAUGCUGUGUGCCCAUAACGAUGGCAAAGUGCUGGUAGUCUGCCACAGGAUCCUGCACACAGCAUGUGGCACAGAUGGUGUCACUUAUGCCAGUGAAUGUGAGAUGUGUGCCCAUAGCUUAGAACAUGGGACCAAUGUCAGCAAAAAGCACGAUGGAAGAUGCAAACGGGAAGUUCUGCUGGUGGAUUGUAGUAAGUACCGCCGGAUAAUGACUGAGGAUGGCAAAGUUCUGACAGCCUGCCCAUUACUCCUGAAGGAGGUCUGCGGCACAGAUGGCAUUACUUACCCCAAUGAAUGUGGGCUGUGUGCCCAUAACUUCAAACAUGGAACCAAUGUUACCAAGAAACACAAUGGGAAAUGCAAACAGGAAACUGAAGCACUUGACUGCAUCCAGUACAACCAAGAACCGUUUGUGUAUGAUGGCGAGUUACUAUGCCCAGAAGUGGUUAUCUUUGUCUGCGACACGGAUGGUGUCACCUACUGGCAUGAAUGCGAGAUCUGUGUUGCCACUGAGGCAGGUCAGUUCCUUGUCCCAGGAUGUGGCAGUGAUGGCGUCACAUACUCCAAUGAGUGUUUGUUCUGCAGAGAAAUCUUUCGUGGCAACAACAUUGUCAAAAAGCAUGAUGGAAGAUGUGUUCAGGUUGACUGCACUGGCUACGUGAAAACACCCACAGGUCAGGAAGCUGCCUGCACCCUGGAGUACAGCCCGAUCUGUGGCACUAACGGCGUUACCUAUGGCAACAAGUGUGCUUUUUGCUCUGCUGUCGCGAAUGGAGCAGACAUUGACCAGAACAAUGAUGAAGAAUGUCCCCAGGUUGACUGCAAGGAGUUCAUGGAUGACAGCGUGUACUGCACAAGGGAGUCCAACCCCCACUGUGGCACUGAUGGCAUGACAUACGGCAACAAAUGUUCCUUCUGCAAGGCCGUCAAGAAAAGUCUGGGAAGUAUUCGUUUGGAGCGUCUUGGAAAGUGUUGAAAGCUGCCCUUCUGUUUUCACUCUCCACCAACUGCUGCAGAUCCCUGC